CGGCGGCGCGGGGCGGGAGGGCGGCUCCGCUCCCCCCGCUGCGGUCUCGGUUCCCUUGGCGACACUUCCUGUGGCAGCCGAAAGCGGUAGUGCCGGGGAGCGCCGGGCCGGGCCGGGGGAGCCGCGCCGCGCCGCCGGCCGGGGAUGCUGCGGGGCCGCGGGCCGCGCCCGUAGCGCGCUGGGCCGGGCGGUGCCAGGCAUGCAGGGCAAGGCCAAGCUGCUGCUGGUCCACAACGGCCGCAUGGGCCCGGCUGUGUCGGAUGGAGAGUUAAACGCCUCCAGGGCCCGUGGCAGCAACCACAGCGUGAACAGCCUGCCAGGGCCGCCGUCCACCUGUGGCUCCACACAGGGGUCUGUGGUCAGCUGGGCCGAAUCCUUCGAGACGCUGCUGCAGGACCGCGUGGCCGUCACCUACUUCACUGAAUUCCUCAAGAAGGAGUUCAGUGCUGAAAAUGUCUACUUCUGGCAGGCGUGCGAGCGCUUCCAGCAGAUCCCGGCCAGCGACACGCAGCAGCUGGCCCAGGAGGCACGGCGGAUCUACGAUGAGUUCCUCUCCAGCCACUCAGUCAGUCCCGUGAACAUCGACAAGCAGGCCUGGAUUGGGGAGGACAUGCUGGCCACCCCCUCCCCAGACAUGUUUCGCGUCCAGCAGCUCCAGAUCUUUAACCUGAUGAAGUUUGACAGCUACACGCGCUUCGUUAAAUCCCCGCUCUACCAGGCCUGCCUGCAGGCAGAGAGCCAGGGACAGCCCCUGCCAGACCUGCGGCCGCACUCCCGCAGCAGCAGCCCCCCACCUGACCUCAGCAAGAAGUCAAAGCUGAAGCUGGGCAAGUCCCUGCCACUGGGUGUGGAGACGGCAGGCAGUGGUGCCAGCCGCAGCCCCCGACGGUCCUUCAGGAAGGGAGAACGGCGGGAGCCCUCCUGGGCAGAAGGGGGAGAAGGCGGUGGGAGCGCCAUGCUGUGGCGGGAGUCCCAGGGCUCGCUCAACUCCUCGGCCAGCCUGGACCUGGGCUUCCUGUCCUCCACCAGCACGGCCGCCAGCCCCUGGACGGAGGGCCAUCGGAAGAGCCUGGGGGGCAGCGAGGCAGAGCUGCCGUCCAAGCCCAUGAAGUACUGCUGCGUGUACCUGCCUGACGGCACGGCCUCGCUGGCCUCCGUCCGGCCCGGCCACUCCAUCCGUGACAUGCUGGCGGGGAUAUGCGAGAAACGCGGCUUCAGCCUCCCCGACAUCAAGGUUUACCUGGUGGGCAAUGAGCAGAAAGCGCUGGUGCUGGACCAGGAGUGCUCUGUGCUGGCAGACCAGGAGGUGAAGCUGGAGAACAGGAUAAGCUUUGAGCUGGAAAUCUCCUCCCUCAACAAGACCAUCCGCAUCACGGCAAAGUCAACCAAGCGCAUCCGGGAAGCGCUGCAGCCCGUGCUGGGGAAGUAUGGCGUGAGGAUGGAGCUGGCGCUGCUGCGGCGGCACGGCGAGCCAGCUGCCCUGGACCUCGAGAAGCUGGUCAGCACGGUGGCUGCUCAGAAACUUGUCCUGGAAACGCCGGCAGACAUGCGAGUGACGGAGAGCGCCGAGGCCGCAGCCGCCCCCUCCCCACUCCGGAGCGAGGAGGGAAGCCCGACAGGAACGGAGCCCGACAUGCUGUGGGAGAUGCCCUCUUCCUUCUCCCGGCCCCGGUCUUCAGCUGCCACGAACCUGAACCGCCGCACAUACGACCUGGAAGGGCUGGUGGAGCUGCUGAACCGUGCCCAGAGCUGCCGGGCCAAUGACCAGCGUGGGCUGCUCUCCAAGGAGGACCUGGUCCUGCCUGACUUCCUCCAGCUCCCCGGGCAGGACAACAGUGCCUGCAAGGGGUCGGAUCAGCCCCACGCCCCUCACCCAGGCUCCGAGGGAAAUGGCCAUCCUCAGCCCGCAGAGCCGGCACCGGCUCAGCCUCCGGUCGACCACGAGCUCCGAUGAGUCCUGCUGCACACCUGCACCCGGCGCGUGGUACCCCCGGGCCAUGCCGGGGUUCAACACGGGGCCCAACCGGCCCCUGCCCUGCGCCGCCGACACUGCCCGGACCGCAGAUUCGUCCACGUCCUGUCCCAAACUGUCGCGUCGCGUCGCUGUGAGUGGUUGAGCCGCUGCCAUGCCCCUCGGUGGGGUCACAUCCUGGUGCACGUCAAGGGAGUCCUGUACAUAGUUCGAACCCCCGUUGCAAAGCACUUUGCGACGUCCCACGCAUGCCUGGCACUGUCCUGCCCGGUGCCUCUGCCUGCGGCAGAGCUGCCGCCCCGGCAAAUCCUGCCUGUGCCGGGCUGGCACAGCCCCGUGGACUGUUCGGGUGGGGAAAGCACCCCUUCAGCUGAAGGGUGUGCAGGAGAGAGAGGACGCGGGUGGGUGGGGUGGCAAGGCAGGCACCAGCCCCGAACAUCGGUGCUGUGGGCAGGCAGGGUCAGGAGAACAUGUGUCCGGAGCUGAGGGCUGGAUCCGGUCCCUGACCCUGCAGGAACGGGGGUUCCCCUGUUGCUGAUGUGCAGGUCUGCCCGUCCUGGGGAGGGUGAGCAUGGUCCUGCUGGCCUGUGCCCCGGGCAGAUUGUUACCGUCUGCAUUGCGUGAGCGUGGCUGGGCCGGAUCCUGCGAGGCUCAGCGCUGUUGUGGUGCAAGGGCACGGAGCGGUACGUGGUUCCUGCCCCGAGCAAACAGAGGCAGAGCCAGCGGGUUGUGCCAAAGCAGCCUUCCUCCUCCCCGCAGGGAGAUCCUGUGUGGGCGGCUGCUGAAGUGAUCCACAGGAGCAGAUCCCCAUAGGUCCCCUGCCCCAGCCCGGCUCGGGCCGUGGGUGCUCAGCCCUUGGGGACAGGCCUGAGGGGUGCCAGAGGAAUGCAGCACCCCUGGGUGCUGAGCAUUUCAGCCUGGUGUGCAGGUGCCCAGCCUGGCACCCCUGCCGGCGGCGGUGCUGGCCAGUAACCUUGAGCCCAGCUCUGCUGGACCUGGCUGUGCCUGGCAGGUCCCCAUCCCAGGCAGCCCCAUGUCCCCAGAGGUUCCAAACCCCAUCUGUGAUGGAGACAGCCCCCCGACAGCAGCCAGGAGAUCCCUCCAUCAUCCAUGUGUGCUGGGGCCCUUCCCUGGGUCACCGCUUUGUCACCACUGCCCGGCCAGAGGCAGAGGGGUGGCCCAGGGCAGCCCUGGGGCUCGCCUGGGGAUGAGGGUCAUGGCCACCCAGUCCCAUGCUGCCACAGCCCGCUGUGGCCCUUUGGCCCUGGUCAGAGCCCCCCUGUGUCUCCGUGGUGCUGCUCAGUCCCGUCUGUGGUGUGAAACCGGGGGAAAUAAAGAGCAUUGCCUGGACGCGCAUCUCUCUCCUUCCUCCGCCGCCGAGGCUGGAUGGUCCUUUUCCUGGCGGUGAUGUCCCCCCAGCCCCUCCAUGCCCCACGGAGCUCCCCCGGGGCCAGGGAGGGCUGCCUGGCAGCAAGGGGCAGUGCCAAGAGCUUGUUUUCCCGGCACCGCUGAUGGCGUAGGGGAAGCUGCGGAGCCGGCACGGCCAAGGACUUCAGCCCCGGCCCUGUCAAUGAGUGACCACCAGAGCUGCCAGGGCCUCACCAUGUUAAUGAUUGUGGGGGCAGCUGGCCAAGAGCCCCCGGGCACGGGGCAAGUGCGGACACCGUCCUCCUGACCCCCAUAGCCUGGCACGGGGCUCUGUGAGUGCCACUGGCCACACAACCCCAGCCAGAAGUGUCCCCAGACCCUGCAGAGGGAGGGCACGUCGCCUGCUGUGGCACCUCCUGGGUGUUCAGCUCCAUCAGUUUGUGACUCCGUGGAGGCUCGGUGAUGCUCCAGCAGCGGUAGGAAUGUCCACAGGCUGUCCCUGAGCACACUGGGGUACCCAACAGAUCCCCCCUUGCUCCCCCUGUGCAGUUGGAGCUGGCUUGUCCAUGGUGAUGGGUCCUGGGAGUGACGGAUCCCAGAGGAACAGGGAUGUGGCAGCCGUGCCGCCCCUCUGUGCCUGCUCCCCAGAGGCGCCGGGCUGGAGGGGCCUUUGUCCCCUGGCUCCCCCCGGGUCAGAUGCGGAGGCGAGCUGGCCGGGCGCCUUGCGGGUGGACGGAAACUUGGCCAGAGGUGCGUAAACAGCAGGUAAUGAUAAACGGCGUCGAGGAGGUGGUGACGGCAGCACUGGUGUCACCUCGCUCCUGCCCACCCCGGCAUCGCACGUGCUGGGAAGACGUGGGCUCUGCCCCACACAGUCCUCGCAGCGCUGACGACCGCUCCAUGCUGAGGCGUUGGCACGGGCUGAGCCGGGCCGCGUGCCACCAUCAGCACAGCGACAGGACGCAGGGACCGCUCUGGUGCUGACGUAACCCACCGCCAACACCCUGGCGGCGAGGACGGCGCAUGCCCUGGGCAGAGCCGGGUGCCCUCGUGGCUGAUGCUCAAUGGCCUCAAGGAUGGUGGAUGUGUGCGUGGCCUCACCUCCAGUUUGGGACACCCCAGCAGCGCCAGCACCGAGCUCUUCUCCUCCUCCUCUUCCUCUCAU